ACAGCUGACGCGCUGGUGUCCACGGGACUGGCUGCGCUGGGCUACAACUUCAUAAAUAUCGAUGAUUGCUGGUCAUACGUGAAACGAGGAAAGCAGGAUCAAUUGCUGCCUGAUCCAAAGACUUUCCCUUCAGGCAUCAAAUACCUUGCAGAUUAUGUGGAUGGAAAAGGUCUGAAACUUGGUAUAUACUCUGAUGCUGGGAAAUUUACUUGCCAAGUUCGACCUGGAUCACUCGGUCAUGAAAAUGACGAUGUUGCGAUCUUUGCUUCAUGGGGUAUUGAUUACCUGAAGUAUGACAACUGCUACAAUUUGGGAAUAAAGCCUCAGAAAAGAUAUCCUCCUAUGCGAGAUGCUCUUAAUUCAACUGGGCACCAAAUAUUCUACUCUUUGUGUGAAUGGGGCCAGUAUGAUCCAGCCUUAUGGGCUGGAAAAGUGGGCAAUAGUUGGCGUACAACUGACGACAUAACAGAUACAUGGAAAAGCAUGACAGACAUUGCUGAUAAGAACAACAAGUGGGCAUCAUAUGCUGGACCUGGUGGUUGGAAUGACCCAGAUAUGCUGGAAGUAGACAAUGGUGGCAUGACCUUAGCAGAGUAUCGCUCACAUUUUAGCAUAUGGGCUCUCAUGAAGGCCCCUCUAUUAAUUGGUUGUGAUGUCAGAAACAUGACUUCUGAAACAAUGGAAAUACUGAGCAACAAAGAAGUAAUUCAAGUAAACAAAGAUCCUCUUGGAGUUCAAGGAAGAAAAAUUUUAGGACAAGGAAAAUAUGGAUGCCGUGAGAUCCACGAGCAGAGCGUUGCAUUUGAUAGUUGUUUUCACCCUGAUUCCCAGAGCGAAACUAAGAACCCUGAGAGUUGUUCUGGCGAGUAUUCCUGCUAG